CAUCGUGUGUCGAUCAGGUUCGUUGUCGUGUGCGUGUGAUAACCACCACAUGGCCACCCCCGCCCCCACCACCAAGCUUCCCCGAGCUCUCGGAAGUCCGCAAGCUUGCCAUUCCGAACAUCUAUCACUCACGACACUACAAAGCUCAAUCACAACUACACCUAUCUCCGCCUCGAGGGAUGUUCCCAACACAUUGAACACGAAACGAAUGCCUCGCCAAUAACCCAGUACCUCCUUUCGCAAGAACCCCAAACUCAUCCACACCUUACCUAUCUCUUCAAAACAACCAUUUAGACAAUAGAAACAACCUCACUUAACACCACACCAUGGCCCCCUCACCACCACCACCAAGCCAACCCAGCACCGACGACGCCCUCCUCGCCCGCCUAAACGCCCUCAAGAAAUCAAGCGUAUCCCUCGACACAACCCCCGCACUCUCCGGCACCACACCUUCAUCACCACCACAACCACCGUCGUCACAAACCAACGACCUCGCAGCCCGCUUUGCGCGCCUCGGAUCCGCGAGUCCCAGCGCCACACCACCGCCCUCUUCAAACAGGCGCGCAGACAUAGCAAGUGGACCGCCGACCAUAGCGCCCGGCGCAUCGAGCUACCUCGAAGGCGUCGCGGAGGGCAUUGGUAGCAGCAGUGGCGGGGACGUCGAGUUCAACGAGGAAGACGAGAAGAGUCUCGAGGAGCUUCUUGCGGAACUUGAGAUUGGGAGCGGGGGUGGUAAUGAUGAGUCUACACAGGGUGGGAGUGGGAAUGACAGGCCGAGUUGGGAUGUCGAUGAUGGGGAGGAGAGGGAUGUGAAGAGUUUGGUUAGGGAUAUCAGGUCGAUAUUACCUGAUGUUCGGAGGAUGAGGGAGGAAGGAACGCAAGAGGUGCGGGAGAGAAAGGGCAAGGUAGAAGGGAAAGGGGAGGGAUUGACGGAUUGGGAGAACGUGGAGUUUGAUGUUGGGGGGAAGGGCGUCAAGGGUGCUGGGGAGCGCAGCGAGGAUCAUGAGGAUGACGAUGAGAAUGGCGAUGGAGAUGAGCAGGAAGACGGUAAGAAGAAGUCCGAAGACGAAGAAGCAAACGACGUGAUAGCGCGCGUGAUGGCCGAACUCGCCAUCGCGAAGAAAUACGACAACCUCGACGACCCAUCUCCUCCCAGCAACGACAAUGACGAUGAGGAACCCUCCAACCCUCCCACAUCCACCAAACCACCAACAUCACAAUCUCCACCCAAAAACCAACAAGCAGAAGGAAACGACUCCUCCCCCUCCUCCUCAGGAAACACCCCCCUCACCCUCCCCUCCGCCCCAACAACAACCCUCCCCCGCGACUCCCUCACGCAGACCCAAUCCCUCGAAGACGCCCUAACCGCCCGCUUCGCCUCGCUCUCCCCAUCCCCCCACUCCAACGACCUCACCCUCCCGUCCGCGCCCUCCUUCUCCCCCGCCAAGAAGCCCCCGAAAGUCACCGCGAAGUUCACAGACGAGGAGAUCGAGUCCUGGUGCGUCAUCUGCAACGACGACGCGACGCUCAAGUGCCUCGGCUGCGACGGCGACUUGUACUGUCGGAACUGCUGGAUGGAAGGGCAUAGGAGCGAAGGCGCCGGGUAUGAGGAGAGGAGGCAUAGGGCGGUGGUUUAUAGUAAGGAUGGGGAGGGCGGCGGCGGGGAGAGGAAGCAGAGGGUUGCUGCGGCGGGUUGAGAUGUCGUUGGACUCUUUCGAUAGUGGAAAUAGCCCCGAGUCCCCGGGGGUAUAAUUUAAUGCAAUCAAUCGGAUUGACAAACCAUUCAAUUAAGUCUCUACCACGAGACCAAUGAAGAAAACGUGCUCUUGUCCGUAGAAAGACACUCGUACUGCACCAACAAAGCAUCCAUCCAUCAAUCAUUCACCGAUACCAAUCGCUAGUACCCGUGCAUCACUCGAGUCCUUUUGAU